AUGCUUUUUGCUGAUGUGUCUGUUAAUAAUAAGGAAAUAUCUAUUCGACUUUUAUCCAACUGUUCCCCUAUCUAUCUAUCUAUCUAUCUAUCUAUCUAUCUAUCUAUCUAUCUAUCUAUCUAUCUAAAACAGUUAACAUCUAUAUAUUUACUUAAUUUAUUCUCUCUCUCCCCCUCUCUCUCUCCCUCUCUUCUCCCCCUCUCUCUCCCCCUCUCCCCCCCUCCCCCCUCUCUCUCUCCCCCCCCUCUCUCCCUCUCUCGCCCAAUCUUAUCGAUCAUAUUUGUUCAGAGUUUGAUAGACUAUUCAUCAUUUCUCAGUGUAAUCACGCAUAAGACUCCAGAAUUAAUGGGACAUGAUGUGGGCGUUCCAUCGGCCUUGCUACCAUUCCUUCAUAAUCUUGAUGUCGUGGUAGAAACGUUCUCUCUGUUCUUCGCUUACAUCACCAAGGUUUCCAGGGAAGUUAUCUUUCGCAAAUGCGACAAAACAAGCCCACGCAGCAGCCUCACAUGGGUGUCACGUGGGAGUCACCUAUCACUGAAUUCUAUCUAUCUAUCUAUCUAUCUAUCUAUCUAUCUGUUGUGA